AUGAAUCUAAACAUCACAACAAAAUUCAUUAUAACAUUUUUAUUAUACAUUAGCUUAUUCAUUUCUUUAUGUUCAACUGAGAAAUAUUUCCAAAGAUCUAAUUCUCCUUUUGAUAUGAUAGAUACUAGUAGUAGUAGUAGUAAGGAAAAAUCACAAAAAUCACAUGAUCACUUUAUGUUAAAUGAUUCACCAGCAUCGAAUGGAUAUAGUCUAUUACGUAAUGAUGUAAUUCGUCAACAUUUACAUGUAUGGCGUGGACAUUCAGCACCAUUAUUACAUGAACAUUUGCCUAUUUUACCACGUGCUCAAAAAGGUCAAGUAUGUCAUGUAGAAGUUGAAGAAUUUCAACCGUUAUUAUCAAUGGUUGGACAUUUAGAACCUAAAAAAUUCGACUGUUCUUUUGCUAAUGGAGACGUGAUUUAUCGUCAUGAAGGUAAUCCACUGAUAAAUCAUGAUCAUGUACAAGUGACCAUCUUUUUCUUUCGUAACAAUAAUUCAGUUGUACAAACUGUUGAUAUAAUGAUCAAUAUAGAGGACCCACCAACACAUUUAAUCAGUAAUUACGAUAUGGACAAUGUUACUAAUCAAGUUAUUCAUAAUAACAAUAAUACUAAUACAAUGAAUGACAAUAAUGAUGACGAUAAAAAGCUUAAAAUGAAACAAGGUUAUUUAAUAGGUCCAAUACCACAAAGUAGAAUUCAAUUAUUGAAAGAGUUAACAGUGAAAAAUCUUCGAGCUACAAGUGAAAGUAUUAGUUCAGAUAUUUUGAAGAUACGUUACAAUUUAGAUAAAGAAGAAUGUCGUUUUGCUUAUGUUAGUCCAGAAUAUUUAAUAAAUAGAGGACAAUUGGCAAAAAAUACUUCUGAUUGGUCAGUAUUAGGACGUUUAGGUGGUACACAGACACCAAAACUUGGUAUGCCAUUAACUUCAGGCAGUGCUGUUGGUGGAGUACGUAGAUGGCCAUUAUUUGGACAAAUUGUACAUUUUAAUCGGACUAUGGUUGAUUAUAUUGAUAGAGAUUGUCAAGAAGCACUAUUGCAAGGUUACAGGUAUUUACAUCGUAUAGGUAAUAGUUACGCAACCGACUACAUACCAAUACAAAUAACAAUAUGGAGUCGUAUGAAUGAUGGUUCAAGAGGUCAACAGAUAAUUGAAAGUAAAUUCCUUAAAGUGACAAUUUCAAAUGCACAAAAUCUAAAAUCACCUGUACUAGGAGCAUUUCGACAAAUAAAUGUUACACACAUAGGUGGUAGUUUAUCAAUUCUUCCACGUGAUAGUAUAAGUAUUCCAAGAGAUUCAAUUCUUAGUUGGGAAUAUUUAGAUAUAAAUAUGACAAGAAUGCAAGGUCCAUUACAAGCUCAAAUAGUGAAUCUACGUGAUCCAACAAGACCAGUUACAAGUUUUCGUUUAGCUGAUCUUCGUCGAGGAUUAAUAGCAUUACAAUUACUGAAUUAUGCUGAAUCUUUAGUGAAAGUAUUUAUUAUUACAAUGACAGCAAUUGACCCAUAUUUCCAAGUUAGUCAACCGGUGAAUUUACGCAUUGCAACAUUUUUACAACCUGUAGUGGAAAUAAAUUCUCGUACAUUGGCAUCAAAUGCACCACCAUCAUUUCAGGUUUUCAGUUUACCAUUAUUUACUUAUACUGGUGCAACCUCACUGAUACAGAAACAUAAUAUUCAAGUUAUUGGUUAUAUUGAUGAAAGUAUGAUUGUCUAUACAAUCCGAUCAUGGCUAAAUGAAGAUAUCAAUCUAAACAACAAAUUAUCGAUAAAUAAAUCACAAGGUCAAUUAUUAUUAGAUGGUCAGUCAGCAUAUGAUGUCAAUUUUGGUCCACCACAUAUUGCUUCAAUGAGUUUAGCAUAUAUUCAUAAUGGUGAAUAUGAACCAACUAUAGAACGAAUUCCAUUAUCAAUAACAAUUCCUAGUUUAUUAAAUUCACGUUUAAGAUUAAAACGUGAACAAAAUACCACUAUAAAUAAUGAUUAUUUCAAUGAUAAUAAUCUUUAUCAAAAAUAUGAAUUAUCAAUAAGAAUUGUAAGAUUAUAUAAUCAUAUUAACAAUGGUGCUUUAAAAUCAGGGAAUACAUUUCGUUUACCAACAUUAUCAUCAAUAUGUUUUACAGCUGAAGAUUUUCUUACACCAGAAGCAUUAAAAGCUAUACGUAGUGAUAUAAUUAAUUUAGCAUUUGUUGUUAAAGUAGCACCUAGUCAAGGUGUAUUAAUUCGAUUGCCUAUUGUAAAAAAUUUCACUACUUAUCAUUAUUUUCAUAAAAAUAAUAAGGAUAAUAAUCAACAAUUAAAUAUGGAUUAUUUUACAAAUGAGAAAAUUCAUGUAGAUAAUAAUGAAAUAACAUUUGUUGAACAACAAGAAUUAAUGGAGAAAUCACAAAUUGGUGUAAUUCUAUUAUCUGAUUUAGAAACAGGUGAAGUAUGUUAUUUAAAUCAACGUCAUGAUCGUUCAACUGAUUUAAUGGGUAUUAAACAAAUUGGUCGUGUUGAUUUUCCAACAGUUUAUAUGACAUUUGAAAUACAACCUCCUAUCCCUAUUAUACUCGUUGAAAGAAUGGAUCCAAAUGUUGUACUACGAGUACGUGAAACAGCUUCAUAUGUUCCAUUAACAUCAUUACAUUUAAAUUAUGGCAUGGAAUGGAAUAUACCAUCUCAUAAUUUUGAACAAUAUAAUCGAUCAAUGUUCAAUAAUCUUGGAUCGGAAAAUAUUGUUUACACUAUAGUUCAAACACCAAGAUUAAGACAAUUAGAAGACAUAAUAAAAAUGGAUAAAAAUGCAUAUAUUGGAACACAUGAUGCCGGUCGUUUAGUUAGUUUAUCAUCGAUUACAUCUAGUACACAUGUUGGUGAUAUGAAAUUACAAGCUGGUUUAGCAAUAAAUCUUCGUGAAGCUCAAGUACCAUGUGUUACACAAUUUACACAAAGACAAAUUGAUGAAAAUGACAUUGUUUAUGUGCCACCAACUCAAGAUAUUGGAUAUACAGAUCAAGACUUAAUAGUACGUUAUAGUGUUUCUGGUCCCAGUGGUUAUGAAUUAAAUAAUCGUGAAAUGCGAAUACAACUUGUAGCUGAAGAUAAUCAAAUACCAGAAGUUAAGAUCAUUUCCCCAUUAAAAUUACAUCGUGAUGGUGAAUUAUUGAUUGAUUCAAAUGUUCUAUCAAUUAUUGAUUUAGAUACACCAGAAGAAAAAUUAUUCAUUCAAUUUGAACGUUUACCAAAAUAUGGUAAAAUUUUAUUAAAUUUAAUUCAAUCUACUCAAUAUAAUCAACGAAGUAAACAUUCAAAUGUGACACAAUAUUUAACCAUUAAUAAAGGUCAAAAUAUAUCAUUUAGUUCAUUUAAAAAGAGAAAAUUAAUUUAUCAACAAUCUGGUGAAAAUGUUAAACAAGAUGAUUUCAUUCUAACAAUAACCGAUGGUAUUCAAACAUCAACACCAUUAGAAGUACCAAUAGAAAUUAAACCAAGAAUAUUACAAGGCAAUAAAUGGCAUCAAUCGGUCAACAAUACAAUAUUAGUGAAAGAGAAUUCAACUGUAACACUUACACCAUCAGUUUUCCCAAUGGACACAACUGAUAUGAAUGCUUCGCCAACUGAUAUUUCAGCUAUUUCCACUGCACCACAAUACUUUGUUAUUGUAUUUCCAACAAAAGGCAAUUUAUUAAUAGAUCACAAAAAUAAAGUGUCACGAUUUACAUAUAAAGAUAUUUUAGAAAAUCGUUUAAUUUAUCGUCAUGGUCCAGCUGAAAUAGGUGUUAAAAGUGUUUAUGAUUUUGCAAGAAUAUGGGAUUUCAAUGCUGGUGAAACAUUCAGUUUAAAUUUCACAAUAAUGCCAGUGAACAGUCAACCACCAGUAUUAAGAAGUGAGACGUUAUUACAGGUUAAAGAAGGUGAUAAAGUUGAAAUUACUCCAUAUACAUUAUAUGCUACUGAUCCAGAUACAAAUGAAUAUGAUAUACAAUUACAUAUAAUACAUCCACCAAAAUGGGGUCAUAUUGAACUCAUUAACAAAAAAUCAAUAUCUAAUCAACAAUAUAAUCAAUCAAAUCAUAUCCAAUUAAUCAAUAAUCAAUAUAAACAAAAUAUAUUAAAUUUUAAUAUGAAAAAUAUACGUGAUGGUUUAAUUUAUUAUAUUAAUUCAAUACAUCAAAAUGGACAAGAAUCUAUUGAAGAUUUAUUUAGUAUUAAAGCAUAUGAUGGUCAUUAUUAUUCUAUCAAUAUUAUUGAAAUUAAAAUAGCUAUACAACCAAUAAAUGAUGAAAUACCAAAUGUACGUUUAUUAAAAUAUUUUUCAUGUAUAUUAAAUACAAGAAAAGUAUUAACCCCAUAUUUAUUUCAUGUGAAUGAUAUGGAUAUACCAAGAGAUAUAUUACAAAUACGUUUUAUUAAAUUACCAAUUUAUGGUUAUUUAUUAAUUUAUUGGCAACAUGGUGAAAAAUAUAUAAUAACACAAUAUAGUAAUCCAAUUACUGAAUCUUAUUUAGAAGCUUAUGUAUUAAUUAGACCAAUAAAUCAAUAUCCACCAGAAAUGUAUAUCGAUAAUAGUAAUAAUAAUAAUGAUGAUGGAAUUAUAUUAGAUGGUCAAAAAUGGACAAGAUUAGAUAGUAAACCUAAUGGUCUUAUUAUAAAUGAUAUUGAUACAUCAGAAGAUGAUUUAAUUAUAAUAAUAUUAGAAAAACCAAAAUAUGGUAUUAUUCAACGUUUACCACGUAUGUUAUCAAAAGAUGGUAUAAUAGAUAAUUUAGAUUUAAUUGAAGAAGCAUGGGAUAUUGAAGAAAUGAAAGCUGGUAAUGAUUUACAAUCAUUAGCACAAUUAUCAAUUGCAGGAAGUAUUGGUGGACCGAAAACAAUUAAAAUUUUAGAUCGUGGUGAUCAAUUUACAAAACGUCAAAUGACUACUGGUCGAAUUCAUUACCUUUACACAGGUCCUUAUCAAGAACAAUAUCUUACUGAUUCAUGUGUACUUCGUUUAUCUGAUGGACAAUAUUCAACUGAUCCUAUUACUUUACGUUUCCGUAUACGUCGAGUGGAUGGAACCAAUGGGGGAUUAAGUCAUUCAUCAUUGCCUUACCUUCCUAUUACUAAUCUACAAACUUUACGUCCAUUAGAAUAUCCAGACUCGACAAUCACUGAAGAGAAUGACAAAGAAGGACAUCAAAUGCAUCAAAAUGAUGCUUCAGACACUAUAUUAGAUUCAUUUAAUACUGUUAUACUAAUGGCUACAAUCAACAGAUUCACAUUUAUCCAAUAUAAAGACAUUCAACCGGACAAAUUGAAUCAUAAUCAAAUUGAAAUAACAUUUCAUUUAAAUGACAAUAGUUCAUUGUUUCCAUGUGGAUUAAUAUCACAUAUAUCAAAUCCAUUAAAAAAUAUUAUAAAAUUCACUAAGAAUGAAGUACAAAAUCAUCAAAUUGUUUUUUAUGCUAUAAAUUGUGAAAAUUAUUUAAAUAAACAAUUUCAAAUCGAUUUUCAAUUAAUCAAUUCAUACGGUGAUUAUUUAAGUCAAAAAUCAAUAAUAAUAUCAAUACAAAAAAAUAAUCAUUUAUUACCUGAAUUAGAACAAUUUUCUGAUUUAUUAAUUUUACCAUAUACAGAUACAUUAAUUAAAACUAAUCAUUUAUCUAUUAAAGAUAAAGAUACUAAUCCUAAUUAUUUAAUUUAUAUUAUAUUAAAAUAUAAUGAACAAUAUAAACAAUAUGGUCAAUUCAUUAAUAUGAAUAAUAAUAAAAAUAACAAUAAUGAAACAAUUCAAUGUUUUACACAAUCACAAAUUAAUUCAAAUCAAAUAUUAUUUAGUUCAUAUUCAUAA